CUUUGAUUUUUCAUCGCUCGUGUUGACUGUCGGUGAACGUUAACGACCACCGCUCAUUUUCUUCACCGUUCUGCUUCAUCUCCAAUUCACCUCCAGGUUCUCUCUUGCUUGAUUACUCCUCAAAACAUGACUCCUGUAGAAACGGAAUACUAUGAUCUCCUCGGAGUACCUGUCGAUGCUGAUGAUAGCACAUUAAAAAAGGCGUAUAGGAAACAGGCAAUGAAAUAUCACCCGGACAAGAAUCCCUCUACCGAUGCAGAAGAAAAAUUCAAGGAAAUUAGUAAAGCAUACCAAGUAUUAUCAGACCCAAAUCUACGAACGAUUUACGAUAAAAAGGGAAGGUCGAUGGUAGACAAGGAGGGUGGAAUCAACAUAGAGGAUGCGGCAGGUUUCUUCGCGAAUGUGUUUGGUGGUGAGAGGUUUGUCGACUACGUCGGAGAAAUCUCCAUUAUGAAGGACAUGACCACGGCAGCUACGGCCAUGAUGACAGAUGAGGAGAAAGCUGAGCUUGAGAAACAACUCAACGGAGAGGGCCCGUCGACACCGACUGUGGCGGCUGGAGCUACUCAGACGGGUGUAACAGCGACAAGCACAACACCAUCGACACCGCCACCCACAUCAGAACCGAACGGGCAGCCCCCGCCAAUAACUGAAACAACUUCCGGUACGACGUCUGCUCGACCGGAUGCCACUUCGAAUCCGAGUACCCAGUCAUCGCUCGUUGUGCAUGGCGAACAAGUAAAGGACACCACACCGCCUUCCCCGUCACACUCUAGCUCGAAGGAGAGCAGAGAUAAGGAACGGGAGAAGGAGCGAGAAAGGAUGGAACGAGAGAAGGAGGUAGCCAGGAAAAGGAAAGAGAAGCUUAGAGAGCAGGAGAAAGAGAGACGGAAGGUUAUGGAAGCACGUGUAGCCACUUUGACGCAGAAGAUGAUUGAGCGAUUGCGACCUUUCGUGGAGGCAAGCCAUCCCGGAGAUAAGGAUGACCCGGAAACGAUGGCAUUCGAAGCCAAGAUAAAGCGAGAGGCCGAAGAUCUGAAGUUGGAGAGCUUUGGUGUGGAGCUGCUGCAUACUAUUGGUAAUAUCUACAUGAUGAAGGCUACGUCGUUCCUCAAAUCAAGGAAAUUUUUGGGGAUACCUGGGUUCUUCUCCCGUCUCAAGGAAAAAGGAACCCUGGCGAAGGAUGUGUGGGGUGUCAUCGGGAGCGCUUUGAGUGUGCGGGAUAUGAUGCUUGAAAUGGAAAAACUGCAAGCCAAGGGUGAGCUGGCAGAGGAAGAACUUCGCGCAUUGGAAAUGGAUGUAACUGGAAAGAUAAUGCUGGCAUCGUGGAGAGGAGCUCGUCUCGAAGUGACUCAGGUGUUAAGAGAAGUAGUCGAAAACGUGCUCAAGCAGCCAGGCACGUCUGAUACCGUUCUGGUGAACAGAGCUAGAGGUUUACUGCUUAUCGGGGCAAUAUUCAAAUCUACUGUUCCCGAUGAGUCUGACGAGGAACGUCGAGAACUGGAGCGAAUGGUCGCGGAAGCUGCGCACCCCAAGAAUAAGCAAACUGCUAUUAAGGCUGCGAAGGCAAAGAGAGAAGAGAUGCUCCGUCAGACCAAGGAAAGAGAGCAACAACAGCAAGCCUCCUCAGAUAAGCCCGAAGAACAGGGCGAGAAACCGACGACGACGUCUUCAUAAGCAUUGUUUUUCGACAUACAUAGCGUUGUGUAUCACCAGACACAGGGGUUUCCCUAGACCAAACGCUAUGUGUCUCGUAAACCGGAUCAUCUGUCGAAGUAUUAUUCUUACGGUUUCUUCCAUGCCUUUCCAUUUCACAUCUUUACCCACCUCGUUCCGAUCUGUUUGGACGAUUACAGCAUUACCUUACUGUUCCAUCGCUAGUCACUCAUAAUCUUUUGGAGGUACCCUCUGCAUCUACGGUCGACUCAUAUCACUUCAGUUAUUCGUUAGCUAUAUGUAUCUUCGAAGUCUGAGGUAUAGACAAAAUCAAUCACUAACUACAUCCACGCCUUCACCUUCGUCUUGGUACGGUAACGUAUCUCAUCGCCGGGUUUUCCCUGCAUCAGACAGCUGCGGGAGAAGAAGUACAGUUACAUUUUCCUGGUGGAGAGCGGGGGGGGGGGGGGG